AACCUGUACUCACAAAACUGGUCGUAACCUGCAGAAUACUACAUAUCCCAUGAUGCACCUCUGGCAUUUCCACACGUCCCUCACAGUCCAGUCAAGCCUCAUAUUCUUCGCUUCAUACGCCAUAAACUACAACCCACCAGAGCCAUUGUCCAUGCAGCCUGAAGCACACCCCGCUGUCAGUGUGUGUGUGUUCAGAGAUCCGAGGAGCCAGCAGGACCAAGCAGCGACAGACACUGAGCACCAUGUUCACAGAGCUGCUGGUUUGCCUGGUGAUUGGAGGACUCAUCUUCCUGGUUCAAAGGAGCAGGAAGCAGGUCUUGAUCGCCGAGGAUGGCUGGUGGGGGCCCGGUGCACCCCCUGAUGAGGGGGAAGACGUCACUAUUUUACCCUUUCAAGUCAGCACCAGUGAUAAAGAGCUUGAGGACCUAUACAUGAGGAUUGACCAGACUCGCCCUGUCCCUUCACUGGAGGACAGUCAGUUUAGUUAUGGCUUUAACUCCCAGUACCUGCAGAAGGUGGUCUCUUACUGGAGACAUGACUUUGACUGGAGGGGACAAGUGGACAAACUCAACCAGUACCCCCACUUCAAAACCAACAUUGAAGGCAUUAAUAUCCAUUACCUGCACAUGAAGCCCAAGAAUGUGCCGGCGGGAUCUAUUGCCAUUCCUCUGAUAAUGAUUCACGGCUGGCCGGGCUCCUUCUAUGAGUUCUACGGACUGAUACCUCUGCUGACAGAACCCACAGACCCACAUGACCUUGUGUUUGAGGUAGUGUGUCCUUCCAUACCAGGGUAUGGAUUUUCAGAAGCACCACAGAAAAAAGGUUUUGAUUCAGUUUGUGCAGCACACAUCUUCCACAAACUGAUGCAGCGGCUGGGCUUCGAGCAGUUCUACGCUCACGGAGGAGACUGGGGCUGGCUGGUCACCACCAACAUGGCUCAGCUGAAGCCCAAGACUGUCAGAGGCUUGCAUGUGAACUUCGCCCCCCCGUCUAAACCGGGGCUGCCUAUUGCUUUAUCCAUCAUGCUUGGUCGACGCUUCCCAAAACUGUUUGGCUUCACUGAAGUAGACGUUCAGCGUCUCUACCCCUGCAUGGACAAACUGGUGGUAGAGUCCAUAAAAGAGUCCGGCUACAUGCACAUCCAGGCCACCAAGCCUGACACUGUGGGUCGAGGAUUGAAUGACUCCCCAGUAGGCCUGGCUGCUUACGUUCUGGAGAAGUUCUCCACGUGGACGAGCCGUGACUUCAGGAACCUGGAGGACGGAGGACUCACCAGGAAAUUCUCUCUUGACGACCUGCUGACUAAUGUGAUGAUCUACUGGACAUCAGGCUGCAUUGUCUCCUCCAUGAGAUUCUACAAGGAAAACUUUGGCAAAGGCCUUGACGCACCUCACUCUAAGAUGCCUGUAUUCGUCCCCACUGGCUUUGCCUGCUUCCCCAACGAGCUGAUGCACACUCCCAAACUAUGGGUCAAACAGAAAUACCGUGAACUUGUGACAUUCACGGCCAUGGCCCGUGGAGGCCAUUUUGCCGCCAUGGAAGAGCCCCAGCUGAUGGCAGAAGACAUCCAGAAGUUUGUUAAGCUGGUGGAGAAGAAGAAGCAACAGUAAGGACUGCUUUGAUAAACAAGUGAAGGAAAUUAAAUUCAGGAAUUGAUAAAAGUGAAAGAAUGGAUAGAAGCUGGGCCUCAGUGGUGAACCGGAGGCAGAUGUGUACACAGUGUGAUUCUAAGCAUUGUGUUUCUCUAGAGAUGGAAUCCUCACUAUUAGUGAAUUUCCUAAUCAUACUUCUUGGUGAUUAAGCCAGUCUAACGCUGUGUUAAUACUAGAAAAUGUUUGCAUGUCUGUGUCUGCAAUUGUUGUAAAAAUAAGCAGAUAGAUGGUGUGGUGUUAUGGUGCCGACAGCCUGGGCAUUCCUCGGAUAACAUGAAGCCAUGGUAUUUCCUUACAAAUCUUAAUCUGACUGUAUUUUACAAUUGUCAUUGAUCUGCUUCACAUUUGGUCUCAGUGAUUGACUUACAUUGAUUGACUUUAAGUUGCUGUAGUACUGCAAUUUACAUUGGCAACACUGCUUACUUCCUCUAUUGAUAUAAGCCUCUGUUCUGCAAAUCAUAGCCCUACAUUACAGUUAUAGUCUUGAGAAUAAACCGUUUUAUUAUCAUGUUGAUUUUUGAAAACUGAAGAGAUUUUAACACUGUGGGCAUGCUCAAUAUAUGUGUGGACAUGCCUUGUAAGUCACAUGUUUUGGAUAUGAAUAAAUUCAAAAUUUAGAAAAACAAAUAUUGUGUUUCUGCAAAAGUAGGUUUAGUUGAACAAACUGAAAUGUCCUAUUCCACAGUUGGUUUUUAAAACCUUAUUUGUUAAAACAUAAGAAAAAGGAUUAAAUAAGACCUAGCACUGUCAGAGGCCACAUCUUCACAAACACCUGGCUCCAUCAUCCUGGACCAAGCUGCGACACCUGAUGGGUGAACCUCAGGACAGAGUGCAGGACAAAAUCAAAUGGGAAAAGUGCACACAUUUAUGUUUAUGUUUAAAAGUAUAGGUCCAAGUUUUUUUCCUUCAUUUUUGGAUUUGAAUUCAACACUUUUGAAUGCAUAACUGUGUUUAAAGAGUACAUAUGCUCAGUUUCUGGUUCGUAUUUGUAUUUUGUGCUUCUGCUGUGACAACUUUUCAUGCCUUAAUGUUCAAAAAGCUCUUUUUUUCUCGUACUGCCUGUGCUGCAACACCUUUUUCCCACUCAUUGGUUAGCUGGCCGGCUCUGUUGUGAUUGAUCAACCGCUUAGAGAUGUGUCAGUAAUUUCCCACCCCUCAAUAUCACGUAAAAUGUAACCACACCUGUACAAUGACCUUCUUAACAUAAAUAAAGCAAUUUGCAACUUUGAAA